UCAAAAUUCGUUGGAUUUCAUUCAUCCAGCUUAGAUAAUUUCCAAGGAAAUUUCAUGUAAAUUUCGCAUUUGAUCGAUUUGCUGUAUGUUAUACGCGUAGACAGAACAGUUGUGCAUCAGCUAGCUAGAGAGAGAAAAGAUGAUGGUUGAAGAUCUCGGCGUGGAGGCGAAAGAGGCGGCGGUUAGGGAGGUGGCGAAGCUCUUGCCGUUGCCGGAGCUUCUACAGUCAAUUUCUUCCAUUAAAGCCGAUUACAUUGCUCGUCAACAGGCAAACGAUGCACAACUCAGUACGAUGGUGGUUGAACAGGUUGAACAGGCGCAAGGUGGUCUAGAAUCACUUUCAUUAUCUCAAAAGACAAUAAACGAGCUGAGGGAGAACUUUGUUUCCAUUGAGAAGUUAUGUCAGGAAUGCCAAACGUUGAUAGAAAAUCAUGAUCAGAUAAAGCUCCUCAGUAAUGCAAGGAAUAACUUAAAUACAACUCUGAAGGAUGUGGAGGGAAUGAUGUCAAUUUCUGUUGAGGCCUCUGAAGCUAGGGAUUCUUUGAGUGAUGAUAUGGAACUUAUAAACUCUUACGAGAGAUUAACUGCUCUGGACGGAAAACGAAGAUUUGCAUUAGCAGCUGCAGAAUCUCAUAAGGAAGAGGUUGGUAGAUUAAGAGAAUAUUUUGAAGAUGUCGAUCACACAUGGGAGACAUUUGAGAAGACACUAUGGGGUCAUAUUUCAAAUUUCUUUCAACUGGCUAAGGAGAGCCCGCAAACACUUGUUCGUGCUUUGAGGGUUGUUGAAAUGCAAGAGAUUCUAGAUCAGCAACUUGCUGAAGAAGCAGCUGAGGCUGAGGGAGGUGGUGCAAUGGCAUCAAUUGCUAAUCCACGGAGAACUGCCAAGAAAUCUACCACUACAAUGCCUUCUUCUAGAAACAUUAUGCAGCAAAAAUUGAAGGUUCAGGGAAAAGGCUACAAAGAUAAAUGCUAUGAGCAAAUAAGAAAGUCAGUGGAAGCACGUUUCAACAAACUGCUUGCUGAGGAAGAUUUAAAAGCAGCUAUAGAGGAGGCUAAAACAAUUGGUGAAGAGCUUGGAGAUAUAUAUGACUACGUGGCUCCUUGCUUUCCCCCAAGAUAUGAAAUAUUCCAGCUCAUGGUAAAUCUUUAUACGGAGAGGUUUAUUCAGUGGUUGAGACUGCUCAGUGACAAAGCUAAUGAACUGACAAACAUUGAGAUUUUAAAGGUUACAGGUUGGGUAGUUGAAUACCAAGAAAAUUUAAUUGGACUUGGUGUGGACGAGUCCUUAGCUCAAGUUUGUUCCGAGAGUGGCUCAAUGGAUCCCCUCAUGAAUGCAUAUGUAGAAAGAAUGCAAGCUACCACAAGGAAAUGGUAUUUGAAUAUACUUGAGGCUGACAAGGUACAAGCACCUAAGAAAACAGAUGAUGGAAAGCUUUAUACACCAGCUGCUGUUGACUUAUUUAGAAUCCUUGGAGAGCAAGUACAAAUAGUUCGGGAGAAUAGCACUGAUGUCAUGUUGUAUAGAAUCUCUUUGGCUAUAAUUCAGGUGAUGAUUGAUUUUCAAGCAGCUGAAAGGCAGAGAUUAGAGGAACCUGCUUCUGAAAUUGGUCUAGAACCUCUUUGUGCAGUGAUAAAUAAUAAUCUUCGCUGCUAUGAUCUUGCCAUGGAGCUGAGUUCAAGCACCAUUGAAGCUCUUCCGCCAAAUUAUGCUGAGCAGGUUAAUUUUGAGGAUACAUGCAAAGGUUUUCUGGAGGUUGCAAAAGAAGCUGUUCAUCAAACUGUCAGCGUCAUUUUUGAAGAUCCAGGAGUGCUGGAGUUACUUGUCAAGCUAUAUCAAAAAGAUUGGUUGGAAGGACAGGUCACUGAGUACCUAGUUGCAACAUUUGGUGAUUAUUUUACAGAUGUGAAAAUGUACAUAGAAGAAAGAUCAUUCAGGAGAUUCGUUGAGGCUUGCCUGGAGGAAACUGUUGUGGUUUAUGUUGAUCAUCUUCUCACCCAGAAAAAUUAUAUCAAGGAAGAAACAAUUGAAAGGAUGAGGCUGGAUGAGGAGGUUAUCCUGGACUUUUUCCGAGAGUACAUCAGUGUUUCUAAAAUUGAGGGCAGAAUAAAAAUACUCGGUGACUUAAGAGAACUUGCUUCAUCUGAGAGUCCAGAUUCGUUUACUCUCGUUUAUACCAAUAUUCUUGACCAUCAACCUGAUUGUCCUCCUGAAGUUGUUGAGAAAAUUGUGGGACUCCGAGAAGGUAUACCGCGUAAAGAUGCCAAAGAGGUUGUUCAGGAAUGCAAAGACAUCUACGAGCAUUCUCUUGUGGAUGGCAAUCCUCCCAAGGCCGGUUUUGUAUUUCCAAGAGUGAAGUGCUUAUCAGUUUCUAAAGUCUCGUUGUGGCGAAAGCUUACAUAAUAGUCUGUAAUAAUCCGUCUAUUUCUCUCAAUCUUUUACAAUUUCUGCACUUGUAUAGAUUUUUUUUUUUUUGGCAUCGACGUUUCAUUUGAGUCCUGUCCAGCUUGAAAGAUUUCAUAGGCCAAUUUGUGCAAAAGUUAAGGUCAACGUUUUUCGUGUGAGUAAAAUCUAAGUGUGAUUCAAAGAGGCUUUGGUUCAAGGCCCUCAA